CUUACCUCACCGAGAAUGACUACCAUAGAGUCUCCACCGUUCUGCUCUACUACAUGAUCAACAUGGAAGACCUGUGUGCCACCAACCCCUCCCCCUCCUCCUUGUCACCUAGCUACCAGUACUACCUUCUGGCCCUGACCAACCUCCAACCUACAGAAGAAAGAGGCUUCCUCUCCAAUGAGAUAGAGAGCAUUCUGCAGCUCAUCAACCAGAACUAUCAACCACCUACUCCAGAGACAUCUGGCUCCUCCCACUCACAGUGUAUCGAUGCCUCCCAUCUACUGGAUGAGUUGGGGAUCACAGAUAGCCAAGGUGCUGAUCCAUCCUCAGUGUCCAAACUGUCUGCAGCCAUCAUCACCCACACCCUGCAGGGCCACUGUUUCAGCAAGAGGAACCUGCCCUCCCCUGCCUUCUUUACAGAUUACAUCUUCCAGUCCCUCAACCGCACCAGCAACCUACAUGUCAGGGAUUUGGAGGAGCUGCUGCACCAGCUUGGUGUGGGAGGUGGAGGGGCCUAUCACUCACAUUGCAGGGAGAAGCGGAGCAUCACAGGCCCCUCCCAUAUAGGGUGUGUCCAUGAGCCUUUGGGGAUCAACACAGACUGGACACAGGUAUGCUUCUCAGCCAAUCAGCUGGUGGAUAUUUUUGUCCUGGAUCCGCAUUUGACAAUUUCCCGGGAUCACUUCAGACACAUCUGCCCGGCUGUUAUCCAGCAGUUGCUAGGGAAUGCCUGUGAGUCCACAGAGCCAGCUACACGAGGAUCUCCACCCAGUGCCAUUGAGAAAUAUGGCUAUAGUACGGCUGCUGUGUUACUCAUCACCGUGGGCUCCAUGUUGGGCAUCUGCCUGAUCUUCUUCAACUCCUGCCAGGAGACCUACGCCCUCAUCCUGCAGCUCUUUGUGGGCCUGGCCGUGGGAACCCUCUCAGGGGAUGCCCUCCUGCACCUCAUACCACAGGUAUAGGGCACAGAGGCC